CGCGCCCGCGCGCGGCCCGGCCGCCUCGCUCUCGACGGCGUCGACGAGCGCCGGCGCCGUCGACGGGCGCGGCUUCGGUGGCCGCGGUCGGAGAAAGGGGGGCGUGUGCAGCGUCCCGCUGCGGAACGGCGCCGCGCCGGUGAUCGCCCGCGCCCAGGGGAUCUCGACGCGCCCCGGCGGCGCCGGAUCCGCCUGGAGGUGCGGGGCGCACCCGCCCGGGCCCCACGAGCCGCCCGGGCCCGGCACCGCGCGGAAGGGCCCGCGGCGCGUGCCGCUCCGGAACGUCGCGGCGGCCGCCGAGGGCCGGCGCGCCCAAGUAUUAAUGUGGGCGUAAGCGCCGGGGCCCGGGCCGGCGACGUAGACGCAGCCCGGCUCCGGCGCGACGCCCCAGGGGCUCUUGUAGGGCGCGCGGCUCCGCCGCAGCGCCGCCGCCCGCGCGUCGUACGCGCCGUCGCCGUCGGCCGCCGUCGCCGGCGCGACGCGGCCGCCGAAGGUCGGGUCCGAGAACGUGCGCCGGUCGUCCUGGGCGAACCGCUGGGACGCGGCGUAGGGCGAGGGCCCGGGGCGGUGCUGGUAGUCCCAGCCCGACAGGUGGCCGGCCGCGGUCGGCGCGUUCGUUAUAGACCGGUCCAGGUCGUAGGUGUGGCGCGCGCGGAGGCCCGUGGGCCUCCGCUUCGCGACCCAGGCCGCGAAGGAGGCCCGGUGGCGCGGCGGCGCCAUGCUUGGCAGCUCGAUGGCGUCGAGCAGCAGCUUUCAAUGGGGGCUGCCUGUUUGCUGUUGCGGCCCGGCGCUCGCGUGGCUCCUUUUCGGGCACAGUGGCUCCUUGGGUCGGUGCUUCCUACACGCUCAUCUAGCGCGAGAGCCUGCAUGCAGCCGCCCCCU